GUUUGGCCGCUUUUGUGAAACGAAUUCAAAUCUUGUUCCAGUAUUCGCGCGGUACAAAGUAUGAGUACACGCUCGCCGUGGCUCGCGUAUUUGCAGUGGAUUGUAUUACAUUUUGAUGUGGAUUUUGCGUGUUGGAUACCUAGAGUACUCUAUGUAGUUUUACAUAUCUUUGGACACACCAUCAGUUACGAACUGGAUGCCGUGUUUUAUCAUUACACAGGCGCCUUUAUCGUGGGAUUUGUAGCGACUUCUCUGGUUGAUUGCUGAUCACGUUUACGUUUUCUUUCGAUGUAGUAUCACCAAUUUACAAUGGCCCAAAAGGAGAUAAAACAUUUUCUCCUUGUCUCUGUCCCGGGUUACGGACACACCAUCCCCAUGGUAGGAUUGGCGAGGAAGCUGGCAUCUCGCCAACACAAAGUCACCUUCGUCAUCUGCAAAGCUGCCGUGGAGCACAUUCGCAAGAAACAAGAGAUUACACCGGAAGAUGAGAAAUCCAUCCACGUUGUCGGACUGGAAGACGGCAUCGCGGAAAAUGAAUCAGAGGAUAUCGUCUGCUACAUGUCUUUUGUAGGAUUCAAAGACCACGGCGUCCGGGCAAUGCAAAAACUGAUUAAAGGUCUUCCUGUCGCUGGACAGCCGCCCGCAGAUGGUGUAGAACGCUACGGUAUUACCGUGCCAGUUAAUGCGUUGGUAGCGGAUAUUUUUAUUGCUGCCAGUGUAGUCGGGUGUCUGGAACGUAAACUGCCCUACUAUUUUCUAAACUGCUCAUCCAUUGGACCGUUCCGCACUAUUCUGUAUAUCACCGAGCGCACACCGGUAAUCGAAAAGAACGACUUGGAAAGUUUUGAUUUUAUCCGUCCCGAGUCGGAAGGCCCACAACCAGCCAUCGGUCAAAUUAUGAAGGGGAUGUGUUUAGGCAUUAACCCGUUCUUGUCCACCGGUAACGGGAUGCUUACCAAUUCGUUCCGGGAAAUUGAACAGCAUUUUAUCGACGAAAUCAAACAGGAUUUGCGUAUGAGCAACAUGGACUAUUACUGCGUUGGACCGUUUAUGCCGGAAGAGAACCACGAUAAAAAUCCCAGCCACGCCGAACUCGGACAAAAGGUCACACGUUGGUUGGACCGUCAAGCUGACAACUCCGUGGUGUAUGUGUCGUUUGGCUCUGUGGUCGUUCCCAACGAGAGCCGUAUCGUGGAGAUUGCUAAGGCUCUGCAGGCGCUGAAAAAACCAUUCAUCUUCUCGAUCCGCCAGCAUCAGCAAUCCAUUCUGCCGGGUGAUGUACGCGUCGGCAUCGAUACACACUUGGAUAAUCCGGAAGCACCAGGACUGUUUUUGCAUUGGGCCCCGCAAAAGCUAAUUUUGGCCCAUCGAGCGACAGCGGUUUUCGUCAGCCACUGCGGAUGGAACGGCGUUAUUGAGAGCAUGUUCUACGGCAAGCCUAUUGUCGGUUGGCCGAUUUUCGGGGAUCAACUGGAGAAUGCAUUGUGGAUUGAAGAGAUAGGUUUGGGAGAGUCAUUGCUUCGCCGCGAGCACGCUGAUAAUGAUGAAGAGAAAAAGAACAUCACCAGCGAUAAAAUUGCCGCAGCUGUCCGGCGCGUUGGAUAUGAGAGUGAUGUGGCACGGAAGUCGGCGCAGAAAUGGAAGGACAAGAUUCGAGAGGCCGUCGCACCGGGUGGAAGUUCUAACCGUGAACUGCAAGACUUUAUUGAUGCCGUGGUGUAAUAAGUCUGUGUCAACUCUUGCUAAACUUAUUUUCGGCGAUGUUAGUUUUGUGUUGUGGCUUAUAGUGGCUAGUUAUGCCGACAAGUGCAUUUACAAUACUAAUUCCUUCUUUCUAUGUUUGCAUCGCGUUGCUGUUACUUAAUUCUCGAUGUUAACGAUCUGUCAGUACAUAAUUAAUAUAACCGUACGUUG